ACUAAAACCUCCUCUCACAGUGCUGCUGCUACCGUCCGCAUAUCAGAAUCAUCGUUUCUAAGAAGCUGCGAAUAUGCUCAGGCUCUCGAAGCGUUCCGUCUCUACCUUCUUACGCUCCGGCGACAGAAGCUUCCGCGUCUCUUCCGCCGCCGCCACUUCCAUCUCCCGCUCUUCCCCAUCAACUAUCACGGAUUCGAGAAGAGGUGAGCGUGAACCGAGAUGGUACUCAUCCUUAACCAAUGGGAAAUGUAAGAAAGGCGAGUCCUUGUCUCAUUUGAACAUGAAAACCAAUUGGUUUAUUGGAUCAUACCGGAACGAAUCCAGUGCCGCAGCAGCAUCAGACUCUGCCUCUCAAGCUCCUCCACCGGCUGAGAAAUUUGAAUAUCAAGCUGAAGUUAGUCGCCUCAUGGACCUCAUCGUUAACAGUCUGUACAGCAACAAGGAGGUGUUUCUUCGGGAGCUUAUCAGCAAUGCUAGUGACGCAUUGGAUAAAUUGCGUUACUUGAGCGUUACGAACCCCGAGCUCUCAAAGGAUGCCGCUGAUCUUGAUAUACGCAUCUAUGCAGAUAAGGAGAACGGAGUAAUUACUCUCACUGAUUCAGGUAUCGGUAUGACACGACAAGAAUUAGUUGACUGCCUUGGGACUAUUGCUCAAAGUGGAACUGCCAAGUUCCUGAAAGCUUUAAAGGAUAACAAGGAUGCAGGUGGUGACAACAAUUUAAUUGGUCAAUUCGGUGUGGGGUUCUAUUCAGCAUUCUUGGUUGCAGAUCGGGUUACGGUGUCAACGAAGAGCCCGAAGUCUGAUAAGCAAUAUGUAUGGGAAGGAGAAGCAGAUUCAAGCAGUUACACUAUUAAGGAAGAGACUGAUCCUCAGUUAAUCAUUCCUAGAGGAACACGUAUUGCUUUGCAUCUAAAGCGGGAUGACAAAGGAUUUGCAGAUCCAGAGCGGAUUCAGAAGCUCGUGAAAAACUAUUCUCAAUUUGUUUCGUUCCCUAUAUACACAUGGCAGGAGAAAGGGUACACAAAAGAGGUUGAGGUUGAUGAUGAUCCAGUUGAGUCCAAAAAAGACGACCAGGAUGACCAAAUGGAGAGAAAAAAGAAGACCAAGAAGGUUAUCGAAAGAUACUGGGAUUGGGAGCUUACUAAUGAAACGCAGCCAAUUUGGCUCCGGAACUCUAAGGAGGUGACGACAGAGGAGUACAAUGAGUUUUAUAGAAACACUUUCAACGAGUAUUUGGACCCGUUGGCAUCAUCUCACUUCACUACAGAGGGUGAGGUCGAGUUUAGGUCCAUCCUUUACGUGCCACCUGUCUCACUAACGGGGAAGGAUGACGUGGUUAAUCAAAAGACAAAGAACAUAAGGCUCUACGUAAAACGAGUUUUCAUUUCAGACGAUUUUGACGGGGAGCUGUUUCCUAGGUACUUGAGCUUUAUUAAGGGUGUUGUGGAUUCACACGACCUCCCACUUAAUGUGUCCCGUGAGAUUCUUCAAGAAAGCCGCAUUGUGCGUAUCAUGAAGAAACGUCUGGUGAAGAAAGCUUUUGAUAUGAUUUUGGGAAUUUCCUUGAGUGAAAACAGAGAAGACUAUGAAAAGUUUUGGGAUAAUUUCGGAAAACAUCUAAAACUGGGAUGCAUCGAGGACCGCGAGAACCACAAGCGUAUAGCUCCCUUGCUUCGAUUUUUCUCCUCCCAGAGUGAGGAUUACAUGAUCAGUUUGGAUGAAUACGUCGAGAAUAUGAAAGCUGAACAAAAAGCUAUAUACUACAUUGCUUCCGACAGCGUUACAAGUGCUAAGAAUGCUCCUUUCCUCGAGAAGCUUAUGGAGAAGGAACUUGAGGUACUAUAUCUGGUAGAACCCAUUGAUGAAGUUGCCAUACAGAGCUUAAAAUCUUACAAGGAUAAGGACUUCAUUGACAUCAGCAAGGAAGACUUAGACCUCGGAGACAAGAACGAGGAGAAAGAAGCAGCUGUGAAAAAGGAGUUUGGGCAGACUUGUGAUUGGAUAAAGAAACGAUUGGGUGAUAAGGUUGCCAGAGUUCAAAUUUCGAGCCGUCUGAGUUCAUCUCCCUGUGUUCUUGUUUCUGGUAAAUUUGGUUGGUCAGCCAACAUGGAGAGGCUAAUGAAGGCACAAUCAGCUGGUGGUGACACAACAAGCCUAGAGUUCAUGAAGGGGAGAAGAGUGUUUGAGAUCAAUCCUGAACACUCGAUUAUCAAGAGCAUAAAUGCUGCUUACAGGAGUAACCCAAAUGAUGAAGAUGCCAUGAGAGCCAUAGAUCUUAUGUAUGAUGCAGCACUGGUUUCUAGUGGGUUCACGCCUGAGAAUCCAGCAGAGCUCGGCGGGAAGAUAUAUGAGAUGAUGGGUAUUGCUCUUUCCGGGAAAUGGUCAAGCCCCGAGGUUCAGCAGCAUAUGGCACAUUCUCACAAUGCAGAACUCUUAGAAGCUGAAGUGGUUGAGCCAGUGGAAGUAGAUGGGAAGAAAUGAACAGAAGCCUAAUGUCCCCUGUCCUGCAACGAUUCUCAGUUUCUCAUACCAGCAUAUUCUUUUUCUUUUAGUAGCAGCAGUAUAAGAACUCUAGAGUUUUACAUUUUAGCAUCAAUAGGCAAUAAGCCAAUGGUAUUAUUCUCUAGCUAUUGUUGGACAGAUUGAGAAUGUUGAGCUUGCUGUUGAGUUUUCCCUAAUAACCUAAUUAGCGUUAACUGACUCGAGAGGACAAAUCUUUUCUGUUUAAAUAAAAAAAUUGGGGUUUUACU